UGUCGUCCCGUCAGGUGCAAUAAACGGUUAACAACCAGCCUCCAUGCGGCUCGACUCCACCUCCCCCUCUUCCUUCGUCCCGAGCCAUCCGUCCUCCCUUCCUUUCCCUACUCCAUAGCCGAACUCCUCCGCUCUCCCCAAAUCCGGCGAGAAUCUCGGCACGCCAUGACCUCCUCUUACCGGCCGACCGCCACGACGAGCCCGGAGGCGCCGGCGCCCGUACCCAAGGUGGAGGCCGAGCCGCCGGCGGCGGUGGCCCGAAACCCUAGCUCCCCAAGCGGCCCGCCGUCGCCGGAGAUGGAGGCCACGGCGGAGGCGCUCACGCGGGAGGAGGUGCUACGCCGGAGGCGGCGCCGCACGGCGCGGCUCGUUGGCGUGUACCGCCGGCUGUACUGGGCGAUGGCAGAGGAGGUGCGCGCGCGGCACCGGCAGUACGUCUGGGAGCUCGGCCGUAGCCCACUCGAGGCCGAGCAGCCCCUGUCGGCCGCGUGCUCGGAAGCGAAGCCUGGGCCGGCGGCGGUGCCGAGGAGGAAGAAGUGUGGGUUCACGGGGUGCAAGGUGCGGGCGAUGCCUAUGGCCAAGUACUGCCACUCCCACAUCCUCUCCGAUCCUAAUCAGGCCCUGUACAAGGGAUGCGGUCAGAUCAUCAAGAGUGGUGCACAGAUUGGACAAAUUACUUGUAGCAGGCCCAUCCUAAAAGCAUCAGUUCCCUCCCUCUGCAAUGUUCACUUGCAAAGAUCUCAGAAGAACAUAUCACAGGCUUAUAAGAAAGUUGGCUUUAAUCCACCCCCUACUGGCCAGAUCUCCCCAGAUUUUAGUGUCUUAGUUGCCGAAUGUGUCCAUCAGAUCCAGGCCAGGAGGAGAGAAUCCCGAAGUGCUGCAGCAGGGAAGAAAUGCCCCAAAGAUGGGAAAGUUGGCUGAGCUAUACCCUGAGAUCUCUUUUGUUACAUAAACUGUAGGAAAAUGUCAGGCAUCCUGAGGUUUACCGAGUGUUGAUAACUAACCCUGCAGGUUACUUCACUCUUCCUUGAAAUAUAUGGAAUUUCAAUAUAUGUGGCAUGCAGCUGUGCAUGACCGGGAGACAACAUGACCAACAGAAAGUUUCAUAUGAAGAGUUUAUCCAGCAAGCUAGUGGUGGAGUGUCAAGUAUCAAGGUUGAGGGUUUGCAAAAUGCACGCAUGUCAGGAGAGCAUUUAUGUAUCAAAAUGCUUCUGUGUGGGUUUGAUGGCUUGCUGAACAUGCUGCAGGACUGACAUGGUUAAUUUUAUUCAUCUUCUGAUGGUAAUUUAUCCUAAAUGAAGGUCUGAUUUUGAUAUACUGGGUCGGUUCAUUUGCCGACUGACAAUUUUGAAGAACAUGGUGAGUUGUGAAGCGCAUUCAGGUGUCACAUCCUGAGUUGAUUUUAAACCGAGUUCCUCUUGUGAAGUAAAUAAUAUGUUUUUUCCAGCUUGGUCAUGUAUACCGUGUGAUGGAUGUCCUGUUAUUCAGCUUGGUGUUCCUUUAGAUAUGUUAUUGGAAAAUGUCCACCUUGUGAAGUAUACGCUGUUCCUAUUUUUCCAGACGAAAUAUUCACCUUGUUUAUGGCACAUACUUCUCCAGAAAGGACUGGAGGCAUGGUAAUUAUUGGGAUUGUUGCUUUGUGCUGAAGAUGCUAUGGAGACGGUGGUUUUGCGCCAAUCCUGAAAGAGACAGUCAAAUAAGGUGAUAUCAUGUACAUGAUGAUGUUUAUGACAUGGAUGAGGGGAUGGCAUGUACAUGUUGAUGUUUAUCUUUGCCUGAUUUAGUUGGAAUGUUGGAAUCGUACGUACCAAAGAUGCUCCACAUAGAGGAUGAUGGCUCUGCAUCACAUACUGAUACUGAUGAUAUUGCUGCAUUGCUUGCUGGAAGCAAUACGAGAUCUUGCUGCAUUGCUGAUAUUGAUGUAAGGGAGGGGCUGUGCAUACAAAGGAUAGUUAUACCUGGUACUACAAUCAAAUUUUGUAUGUAGUAUCUUCGUUAUGAGGCAAUGGAUGCUGUGGUACCAGCCGCACAUGAAAAUGCAUGCGUAAGCUCAUCAAAAUGAGAAUGGUUCCUGUUGUGUCCAGAGUAAAUAACUCGAGAUGAGGACAGGAUGUGGACAUCAGCGGUAUUGGAUGGCUUGGAAGUGCGACGUGACUUAAGAAAACUGACACAAUUGUUUCGUCUUCAAAAUGAGAAUGGUUCCUGUUGUGUCAAGAGUAAAUAACUCUGACCGAACUUAAUCAUUUGUCUCCAGCGGGACGUGAUCCUGUCCAUGUGAUUAGAGUGCAUUGCAUUUGUGCAUGUCUGAACGGGAAACAAGAAGAAACCGUUAGGGCCUA